CGAAAUCCAAGGUAAACAUUUUUUUUUAAAGUGGCGUCUUUAAAGUCAAAUAAAUCGUUGACUUAUCGGACAAAAAUCAAUAUGUGGUAAUAGAAAAGUUUAACAAUGUGUCACGUUCCUGUCUGAUCUGUCGAUUUAUUGAGUCAACAAGAGGUAUUUUCCUGUGUUUGAACAGCAGACAAAUGGUAGCAAUGGCUCCUGUAUUUUAUUCCUACUGCACACUUGUAUAAUGGGCCUAAUGAAUGCUUUCAAGUAUAGCUACUGGACAACACAAGAAUGCAGGACAGCAAAGAAAUCAAGCAUUGAAAAAAUAUUUGAAACUGCUGUCAAGAAUAAAUGACUAUGGCCAAUCCUCUUCAGUCCUGGCAUCCUACAGAUUCCGUUAUUUCUGAGGUGGAUCGUAAACAUUUAACAAUUGUAGGGGAGUAUCUGGAUACCCCUUCUCAUCUGAUCAAACACCAGCGACUUGAAAGGGAUCCAGAUUAUGAUCCAAUAACCAGUAUCUACUCCAGACUCCCCAGUAAAUCCCCCUCCCCCAGGCACCAGAGGGCAGUCCAUGUCACGUGUGAGUGUCACAAAGUAGGUCAGGCACCUGGCUCAGGUAAACCACGUCAGAAAAAGGACCAGGGCAGCUCAGAGGAGGAUACAGAUGAAGAAGAGGAGGAUGUGGACUUAAAGGUGCUCUUGAAGAUGCUUGAUGGACUCGGUAAGAGACCGGAUGGCAGGAUUUCAUCUCAGGCUUUCAACGGGGUACUAGAGGGGUUCUCCUGCGAGGAGCCAGUGUCACAGGAGGAACUGGAGAAGGUUUGUGAGUACUUGGAAUCUGGCAACCUCAGAAUCAAAGAGAUGACUUGGUCUCUGAUCAGUAAGCUGUGUGGGAACUUGUCUAAUGUGACAUUACUGUUGAAGAGGGACCUCCUGAAAAACCUAAUCCAGACUAUCAGUAGCUCCAGUGAAAGUCUGGGGCCUUGUGUCAACACAAUGAUCAGGGUUGUGAGCUAUGAGAGCCUGAGGGAGGAGUGGUAUGAGCCGGUUCUGGGUGACAUCGUGCCCCUCCUUCUGACUGCCCUGUCUAUGGAGGGGGUCACCCUGGACAACAAGUACAGGAUCAGCUGCUUCUUCCACUGUCUGGGAAAGGACCAGGACUUCCUUGGAAUCAUUGAAAACCGAGUUCUACCGAUUUUAGCUGGACUGAGAGAUUCCAGUGCUAAGUUAAAGGAGAUUUACACUAAGAUCCUUGGAGAGGUGGUAAAGAAUGAAGACUCUAUGAUGUCCAGUAGUGUUGACCAGGGAGUGACUGGUGUAGCCGUCAGCAUGCUCAGAGAGGGACCCUGUGACCAACAGACUGAGGCCCUGUCUUUACUGUGUAUCCUCUCUGAGACAGAGAGGGGGUGGGGCACGGUCAUUAACGACGACGAGAUCCUUCCCACAGCUCUCACCUGUGUACAGCAGUCCAAGUGCAGAUUAGUUAGACAGAGGGCGCUAGUGUUGAUGAAUCAUGUGACCAGUACCAGGAGACUAGGACUGUGUAAGGAGGUUAUGAGCCACAUCUCCCACACUCUGCUCCCCUCGCACACUGACAGACACACAGACAAACCACAGAUCAGGGGGAGACAGGAGAGGGAGGGGAGACUGUGGAGGGGGGUGGACAGCUAUGUGGAGAUGCUGACCAAGGUCUUCUGUAAAGAGGCUAAGAUAGAGAAGAACAAUCUGCAGAAGGUCGUGAAGUGUGGAUACAGGGCGGGAUGUAAUGUCCAGCUAUUGGUCAGCUGUUCCUCUGCCAUUUUAAAUGUCUGUCUGUGGCCAGCUCACAGAAACAAGCAGGAUUUAAACUCACUGGACCUGACCAACUUCACGGAUUGUGAAGAUCAAAGGAGGAAGUAUGGUAAGAUCAACAGAGCCCUGGUACAGAUGGUGUGGGAUUCUUUUGGAGAGUGUUUGUUUGAAUUACUAACUUUCUUCUCAAGGAAGCUUAGAAACAUUUUAGACUUAGCCCUCCAGGCCAGGAGUGAUAAAAACCUCUGUUCUAAACACGAAGCAAAGUCUGCCAGUGGACUGAAAGUGUUAGAUCGUCUGGGUUUCGCUGAUCUUUAUGCUGUGUUUGAAGAAAAAGAAGUGGACCUUGUUGUGAUUCUUCUAGAACUGGUGCUGGUCAUAUCUCUGUGUUCAUGUAAAGGCUUCUCUGAUCUGUUCCCAGUGUCUUCCAAGUCAAAGAAGAGGUCCUCACCCGUAGGCUCUAAGUCAGACACUUCCACACACGGUGGAUAUGGUCGACCAGCUUCCCCUGUUAAGAGCAGACCUACCAGUGCAAUAGGUUUGUCCUCCUUGUCAGAAGAAGAGCGUCGUCAAGGACUCAAGGACAAAGAGAUAAGUGCCGAGCGACGGUUGCUAAGGAAGUGCUUGUUUGAACAAGGUGUAUUCCGAGUUAUAGUGCCUUUCAUUCAAUGUUCACAUCUUCAAUGUCAGAUUUUCUCUUGUGAAAUCCUAAGAGCUAAUAUUCAGUCUAUAGAAGAGAGGGAGAUAACUCUGAAUAGCAUGUACGGUCCAGUCAAUGCUAGUGCUAAUGCCAGACUACGCCCCCAGUCAGCAGCAGCCGCCCUCACCAGAGACCUCCGUGUACAGCAGGCCCUCCACACCAUGUCACCUCACGUGGCUCACAUCAUCAAGGACGCCCUGGGGACGAGACUGGUCCCCUCCACCUCCUCCACCCCCCAUAUCAUCCCCCGGGCAGAGGAAGACCCAGAUACUGAGGCUAUAACCAGACUCAGUCAAUAUGUGAUUGAAAACAGACCUAGUUCUAGACAAGUUGACCCAAUUCCAGAAGUCCCUAAGCCUGUCCUUGACCCAGUUAAACCUGUAGCUGUUCAGUGCAGAGAUCAACUGCUACAAGAGGGAGGAUCAAGGAUUUUAACACCCAUGUUUUCCCCUUCUUUAGAGGUUAAAAAACUCUGUGCACUUCUACUUGGUGAUCUAGUGCAUUUCGGAAAUGUUGAAGUUCACAUGACCUUGACCCAACUGGGAUACAUGCAGAAGUUACUGGACUUCCUCAGAACCAAUACAAGCAAUGAAUUACUGGAAAUAAUUGGUUUGAUCAUUGUCCAAAUGUUGGUGAAGAGUGAUAAAAGAAUAGAACAGGUGUUUAACCAUCAUGGCGGUACCAGGUUUCUGAUGGCUAUGGUCAAAUUCACCACUGGUGACCUCAAAAAGCAAGUGGUCAGCACACUUAAGACAGUAACACAUGGAACUAAGAAGAGCAGACCCAGCUCAGCACCUGUAUCUCGAACAAAGAAAACCCCUGACAUCUGGGACAAGAUACAACAAGAAUGGGCACAUCAAGAUAAAGUUGAAGAUAUAUUGCAUCAAUGGUACAGAUAAUUAUAGAUACACCGUAUUACGUCAGUGGUACAGAUAAUUGAAGAAAAACAGUGUUUGAUACUAUUUUGAAUUGAUUCUAAAAACUUCUGAACUGGCAUAUAUAACACUAGGUAACAGUCACUGUUGUAAAGACGAUUGAACUAAGCAUGACUUUUGGAACAAAUUGGAAGUGUUCAAUUAUUAUAUUUAAUAGUAAGAAUUUCAAAUUAUCUUUUUGUUAAAAUGAAUAUUUUUAUUUUGAAUCAAAGAAUAAAAUUCUUGAAA